ACAGAAUAUAAUUCAUUUUCUUAAUUCGACUUCAGUUUCCAUCAGAACAUGAAUUUAAAAUACAGCAUGAAUAAAUGAAGUUGUAUGUAAAUUUCAAAAACCCAGAGAGAAGAAACUUGUACUGAAAUGAAGGUUUUGUUCCGUAGAUUUGGAUAUUAUUUACUAUUUGUCUGCCUGCUACACAUUCAGCAGUUUGAGUGUGAAAAUGCAACAGAAGUUAGCAAUGACACGCUACGAGACGUACUGCCAAAUAAAAAAUUAGUUGAUAAGUUCAGAUCUGCAACUUACGACUAUGAAAAACAUGACGCGGUUUCGAAACGUGAUUUGAAGGACUUCGAUGCACCAGAUAAAAUUCUUAAGACAUUACCUUUUGACAGAAAGUCUGAUAACCUGUAUAUGAUAAAUGAUAAAGAUUGGUUACCUCAUAAUAGUGUUAUUGAUAAGUCAUCUAAGAGAGCUGGAAAUAUUGAAGUUUAUCCACACAAAUUCUUCAAAGAACCUAUGAAUUUGUAUCCCUACUCAGCCGAGGACAAAGAAAUGACAAAUAGUAUGCAACGACCCCAACCGAAGUUUGAUGACAUGAAUUCGUUCAGAGAAAUUCUCACUGUUCUUCCUACGGAACUACGAAUAGAUAAAAUUGUAAAUAACUGGUUGCCUGUCUAUAGACCGUUGAUGAGAAGUGAAGAACGAGCAGGCAAAGUUGAUGCAGUAGUUAAUUUAGAUGAUAAGCUUCAAAUGCAAAGCAAUUUAAAAAAUGAUUUAAAAGGUGCUCUAAAUAACAAUGGUAUAAAUAGUUUUGAAGUAACUCCAGUUACACCAAGACAUUUUCUUAGUUUCAAAAGCAUGGAAUUGAAUUAUCCAAGCAACGCAAAAGGCAAUGACCGCAAAGACAAUAGUUUAAGGAACGGUCAGCCCAUUGCCUACAAAGAGCAAAAUUCUUUUACUCAUGGAGAACAGCAGAAACCAGUUAGGCUUUCACAAAGAACAGCUAACGAUCUUGAUCGCAAUACUAAGAGUUUAAAAUCUUUCCAUUCUAAUAAAGAACCAAGAAAUAUUACAGAAAUAGAAAGUCUUAAAAUUUCCAGAAACAUUGUACCAGCAUCAUCAACCAUUCUUGACUCCAUCUUUGCAGAAGACCCUUCAGUUAAAUUCGUUGAAAAAGUUGGAAAAGAAAAUUACGAGCUUCGCACUGAUGACGCUAAAUUAAACUCUUUUUUAAAACUUCCAAGUGUUAAAUCUCCGACUGUGUACUUCUUUGAUCCGCAGUCUUCCUCUAAAGACAAUCCAGAAAGUAACAAAACCAAUUUUAGAAAAAUGGCAGUGAAGAAAGAUAUUGAUAAAUCAAAUUAUGUACUUAGAAAUCUUAAUAUUAGUAAUGAAUUUAAAGCAGUUGUAGCUUUUAAAGAUUAUCCAUCUAAGUUCCAUAAAGAGUUCGUUCACUUCAAUUUUGCCUCAAAUGAGUCUACUGAAAGCUCAAAUAAUAUACAGAAACUAUAUUCGAGAUUUAAUGAUAUAAAUUCAUUCCAAAAUUUGCGUUCAGUUUUUCAGUUUGAUCCAGUAGUGAAUAACUUUUCAAAAAUUCGGCUUCAGAACUUAAGACUGCCAAACCGAAUUCGUUAUUUGCAUAAAAAAUUUGGUAUUGUAACUAAUUUUAAAGGUAAACCACACAUACAUGGAACAGUAAGGGAAAAUUUGAAAAAUACGGAAGAUAACGAUAUUGAUAGUAAUCUUCCCUUUAAUUCUAUAGCUGACGAUAAAAUUCAGGAUUUGAAAGAUAGAAAAAUACAUUAUUUAGGCCCUUCAAAAGACAGUAAUCGUAAAGAAAAUUUAGAAAGUUUUCAGACGAAUUCAUAUGGCAUGCAAAAUUCUUUACAUUAUAGUAGUCAGAAUCAACCAUUUCUUUCCAGUCACCCUAAGCGCAGCAAUUUGAAUAAUAUGCCUAUUGCAUAUUCAUACACAAAACCGAAAGAUAUCGGAAAUUUUAAAUACGUUUCAAAUAAUACCAUAAGCUUCAUCAGCUUACCGGAAAAUAUCAAAUCUAUCUUUAAAGAAAACCUUUCAUCUAAACCUGUUGCAGUACCUGCAGGAGAAAGUUUUGAGCCAAUUAACAAAGCGGACCACUUCGAUUCGAAUUCAGGGAUUCCGCAUGAUAAAAUUGACACUAUGUCUCUUGGUAGAUACUUCGCUGAUCCCCAUGUUAAACAUCCUGUCUCCGACGACCAUGCAAUAGGUCACCUAGGUAAUACCAAGAAAGUUCCGAGGGACGAAACUUCUGGUGAAAGUGAGAGCAGAGGGAACAAACUAGCCAUGGGAAAAUUAAGUUACAUUGCCAACAAUAAAAUCUACAAUAAAGCAUUGCCACCUGAUUUAAGCGUUCCGUGGUUUCUGUAUAUGAACUGCAGCAGAGAUCGAUGUAUAUUCACCAAUACAACAAAUGAAGCAGAAUUAAUAGACGAAGGAUGGGUCUUACACAAUUGUACUUCUAGCGGUUGCAGUGAAAUGUAUCCCAGACCUUCUUCGAUUCGAAAAAUUUUAGGUCUCUCUCUACUUAUGCUCUUCUUCUCUGUGAUAGUUAUAGCAGGUUUUAUCUUAAUUUUCUAUUACUGUCAUCACAUUCAUUUACCUAAAAGUGAUCCCAAACUGGGAAUUUUAUCAACCACUUUGCAAGAGAGUCCAAGUGAAGAACUAUUAAAACUACUGAAUCUGCACAGUGAGGAUGAAGAAAAUGUUUUCCACCCGAAUGAAAAGUUUCAUGUGAAAGACAAUGUUGAGACUCCUGCAAAAUGAACCCUUCGGGAGAUAAUAAUGAAAUCAAUAUGUGAAUAAAUAACAUUUUUGCUAGAAUGGCCUUUUAUCCAGAUCUCUUCUAUAUUCCAUUAUCACGGUGCUGUGUGAAUUAUGAUUUUCUGCAGACUAGCGAAAUGAGAAACAAAGAAUAUUAUUUGAAUGUUCUGCAGCAUUUGCAUGAAGCGAUUCGUACAAAACGACCUGAACUGUGGGAAGAUAACCCUUGGGUUUCUACGCCACGAUAUGUCUGCUCACGAUGAUAUUUCAGUCUGCGAAUGUUUGGCCAAAAAGCUGACUUUGCAAGUUCUGUAUUCAUCCGACAUGGCACCGCCUGUCUAACUUUCUCUUACUUCCAUGGAAGAAAAUAGUUGGAAUAAAUACAUUGCAGUUUGAGGGGAUUAAUUUGAAGGGAAUGUAAUUAAAAUCGAUUAAAUAUAAUGAAAUCUUGUCUUAUGCAUAUUACGAUGCUUAUUGAACGCAAUAGUGCAAACCGCUCAUUACUAGGAUGAAUGUCAAAAAAUAAUUGUAUGAACAAACAGAUAUUUCUGAAGAACUGAGUAUGUUGCUUUAUGCGUGCUUUCGUUCCAGCUGUAAAGUAUAGAAAUCGGUUUAAGUGGUUUUGAUGAAUUUUAUCAUUUUCAGGGUUCAUUCUCAUGAUUAGUUUAAUAUUUUUACAUAUAAUAAAAGAAAGAGUCUGUC